CGUCUGAGGGGGGUAGGACAUCCCUGACCGACCUGCACCGACUCCGCACCGCUCAGCGGCAGUAAUGCAGCGUUUCCCUCCCCGGCCGCGGCGAAACACGGAGCAGAAGAAGGAGGCCGACGGCAGGCUGUGAACACUGCGGUACAUGCGACCGUACAGCCGCUCUCUUCAGCCUGUGCUCGUUUUUCUUCCACAGCGGCGACGACACGGAGGAAGACGAGGCAUCUGUGUUUGGGGUUUGAAGUGGCGGACGAGAAUUAAACGUAUCCUGAAUUCACGGCUUCCCGUUGAGGCCAUCAGUUCAGCGUGUGGUAAAUAGCUGCUAUCCCACAGAGUUCUCUGCAGAACGAUUUUUCCGGUCACAGACUGCACGGCAGCCAGAGGUGCAGCGGGUGCGAGGCUGCUCUCGGGUCAGAGCAAACCCGUGGCCAUGGAUGUGGAUGAGGAAGAGAAUAUGAGUUCAAGCAGCACCGACGUAAAGGAAAACCGAAACCUGGACAACGUGUCCUGCAAAGACGGGGUGGGAGUGGCUGAACAGCUCCCCAAUGGCAGUGGCCUGGGCAGUCGAAAGCGACCGCUAGAAGAGGGAAACAAUGGCCACACGCAUUCCAAGUUCCGGGCUAAGAAGCGCAAGAAAACACCGGGCCCGGUCCUGCCCAAGAACGCCCUGAUGCAGCUGAAUGAAAUCAAACCAGGUCUACAGUACAAACUGCUGUCUCAGACAGGCCCGGUGCAUGCGCCAGUGUUUGUCAUGACCGUGGAGGUCAAUGGACAGAUGUUUGAAGGCAUGGGCCCAACAAAGAAGAAGGCUAAGCUAAACGCAGCUGAGAAAGCGCUGCGUUCCUUCGUCCAGUUCCCCAAUGCUUCAGAGGCGCAUCUGGCCAUGGGCCGAACGCUGACAGUGAACACAGACUUUACAUCUGAUCAAGCUGACUUCCCCGACAUGCUCUUCAACGGCUUUGAGACGCCAGCCGCGCCGGAAGAAUCCUUCUAUCUGGGCUCCAACGGUAGCAGCUCCCUAAAUUCACUAGGGGAGUAUCCACUGCCCACACCACCUGGCAGUACCCUUGUCCAGCCCCCAUUGCCCCCUCCAUCUGCAUUCAGCUCGCCCUCCAGUGGCAAAAACCCAGUCAUGAUCCUCAAUGAGCUUAGGCCGGGUCUCAAAUAUGACUUUGUCUCAGAGAGCGGUGAGAGUCACGCCAAGAAUUUUGUGAUGUCAGUAACAGUGGAUUCACAGACAUUUGAAGGAUCAGGGCGCAACAAGAAGCUGGCUAAAGCCCGGGCAGCGCAAGCCGCCCUGUCUGCACUGUUCAACAUGCAGCUAGACCAGACACCAUCUCGGCAACCCAUACCAAGAGAGGGAUUGCAGCUUCACCUACCCCAGGUUCUGGCUGAUGCGGUCUCUCGCCUGGUUGUGGAUAAGUUCAGUGAGCUGACAGACAACUUUACGUCCCCGCAUGCACGGCGAAAAGUCCUAGCAGGCGUCGUCAUGACAACAGGCACAGAUGUGAAGGAAGCACAGGUCAUUUGUGUCUCCACGGGAACCAAAUGCAUCAACGGUGAGUACAUGAGUGACCGCGGCCUGGCACUCAAUGACUGCCACGCUGAGAUAAUUGCCCGACGCUCGCUCAUCAGGUACCUCUACACUCAGCUGGAGUUCUUCCUCAGCAACAACAAGGAGGACUACCACAAAUCAAUAUUUGUGCUGUGCGACAAGGGAGGCUACAGGUUAAAGGAUAACGUUCAGUUCCACCUCUACAUCAGCACCUCUCCCUGUGGAGAUGCCAGGAUUUUCUCUCCACACGAGGCCGGAGUGGAAGACCAAGGAGACAGACAUCCUAACCGGAAAGCACGGGGUCAGCUGAGGACCAAAAUCGAGUCCGGGGAGGGCACCAUCCCUGUAAGGUCCAGCAACACCAUCCAGACCUGGGACGGUGUUCUUCAAGGGGAGCGAUUACUCACCAUGUCCUGCAGUGACAAGAUUGCGAGGUGGAACGUGGUGGGCAUCCAGGGCUCCUUGAUGAGCUACUUCACAGAGCCAAUCUACUUCUCCAGCAUCAUCCUGGGCAGCCUUUACCAUGCUGACCACCUCUCCAGGGCCAUGUACCAGCGCAUCGCAGAUAUCGAAGACCUGCCCCAGCAGUUCACCCUCAACAGGCCUCUUCUCAGCGGUAUAAGUAAUGCUGAAGCCAGGCAGCCAGGCAAGGCACCAAACUUCAGUGUGAACUGGACGGUGGGUGACCAGGGCCUGGAGGUGAUCAACGCAACCACGGGCAAGGACGACAUGGGCCGCGCCUCACGGCUCUGCAAACACGCGCUCUACAGCCGCUGGGUGCGCCUUCACUCCAAGCUGUCGUCCAUUUUGCGGAUCAAGGUGUCGAAGCCCAGCUCCUACCACGAAGCAAAGCAGGCGGCCACAGAGUACCACUCUGCCAAGCAGGCGCUCAUCAAGGCUUUCCACAAGGCCGGCUUGGGGGCUUGGGUCAAAAAGCCCAUCGAGCAAGACCAGUUCACCCUCAGCUCCUGAGGGAGUCGAGGGAUUCCUUAACCACCCCCUCCUCUUUCCCUGACCCAGGCCCGAGAGAGCCCCCGCAUUAACAAGCAGACACUUACUUCCGUCCCAUGUGUCAGCACGCACGUGCACUUUGUAUUUGUGGAAAUGAACGUGCACAGUUUCACAAACCAUCCGUAACUCAUCAUUCUCAUUCCUCAGAGGACAUCAGCCUCGUGUCUUUGAUUUAACUUUUUACUUUGAUUUUACUGGACGCUCCGUUCCAUUGAAUUAUUUUCUGUGUAAAACUGGAAUCCAUGUUUUGUUUUUUCGUUUAACUCGCACCCAUUUGUUUCCCAGAGAAAUCAUGUUCUUACGGCGUAGAUGUGGAAGCUGAAAUUAUACCGUUCUGUCUUGUUGAUCAAUGAGUGUAGCUAAUUUAGGUCGGAAUGUAGCCUAGAAACGGGAUCUUUGUUGACUAAAACCAAUGUAUAUGGACCUAAAACAACAUAUAUAUCUUUGCUAAAAUUAAUGACUAUGACAAAUUUUAAUUUAAUUAUGCAUAAAUCUUCAGGAUGUAAAUCUAGUACUGAGAAAAACAUAAGAGUUGUAACGUUUAAUGUGUGUUAUUUGGUCCGUUCCUUAGCUGAGACUACGUGUUCUUAUCCUCUGGAUUAAAGAUAAAAAUGUUACAAAAUGUUGUCGCCCUGUUUGAGUCACUGACUGGAAAGAGUUUAUAAGGCAGGUGUGACGUAGCGCUCUUUCCUUUGUUUUUAAGUCGUGUUCAUUCAUCUGUGCGUAUGAUUUUUAAGUUAUUUUAUGUCACUCUCAUUUCAUACUUGAACAGAUGCGAGGGAGGGGUGAGGGUCACGUUGACUGCCCCCCCCACCCCUCGCCUGGGUCUUGGGAGAAGCUUUGGGAGGUGCUGCACGUUGUAUUUUUUUUCUUGAUCCAAGCCAUGGCUUUGCAUGGAAACUGAACUUAGAGGCCUGCAGAGCAGAAAACGUAGGAUGGGGAGCCCCGUGCGUCCGUUGGCGAAUGAUGUUGAAUGAAUGCCAGCAUCUUCCUCCACAGGCAGCUUUGAAUCUUUGUCUCUAUUUUCUAGAUUUCUUGUGAUCGGGGGGGGGUGGGGACAAUUAUUUUUUUCACCGUUAGGCAUUUGAGGACUGGGGCUAAUGCCACAUAGCGAUAGUUUAACGGACCUCUCAGAUCUUGUAAUUAUGUCAUUUUGUUGCAGGGAACAAUGAUGGCUGACAGAUGACAUGGUAUAUAUGUACUGUAGCAGCACAUAUAGUAUAUGAAGUCACUAGAUGCAAUCCCUCCACAUUAUUGUGUGCGGAAUCACCUAGAUGAACAGCAAAGUAAAAUGCAACCCCUGCAUGAGAAGACUCAGAAGUCGUAUGCUAAAAUGUGUCACAGUGUGAUGUCAUGUUCAUCCUCGUCCUCUCUACGCCCAGUUAAGAAACAUGUUAGCUGCAUAUUCCAUGUUGUGAAUUAACUCGACUCCUGUACACCCCGAGUGCAUAAAUGUCCUCAUGUUUUCAAUUUCUAAAUGAGGAUGUGUUUUCCCGCGGUGACUUCCUAUUUCCAGCUGCGGGAAAUUUCUAUGUGCGGGUGUGUGUGCAAUUAAUGUGUGUGCUCAGGUUGUCUUUAAGCAUAUUCCUGUCAGAUUUUCACCAAAGAUGAUGAUGUCCAUGUGUGUUUCUGCCCCAGUGUUUUCCUUUUCUUUUUCAAAUAUCUAACAUUGUGGCAUCGACCCUUUACUGUCCGGUUUUUUGCAUACCCGCACAACAAUGUACUUUUACUUUGUACAAAAAUGAUGUGCUCGAUUCAAAGUGUGGGAAAUACAAAUGUCAGGCUUCUUUAGUGCAUCUGUAGCUGUCAAUCAGUGAUCAUGUGUAUAUUGUGAGCUGCGAUCAUUAUUGCUGCAAAAUACUAGUUCUGUGUAAAUAAGGAGCAACAAAGGCAACACGUCUUCUGACCUGUACAAUCGA